AUGGGUCGUCUUCACGCGCCAGGGUAAGCUAAAACCGAGUGAUAACAAAAGACGAAUAGUUGCAGCAAAACUUCGACUUAUUAAAAACCAUAUUGUGGCAACUGUAGAGGCGUUUGGUUUCCUUGAAUGUUUUGUAAGAAGUGUUAUAAACUCGUGCUUUUGCGAUCUAAUUUUGUGAUUAAUUUUCCUGUUUCUGCUAAAGGAAAGGUAUAUCUGGUUCAGCAUUGCCAUACCGCAGAAGUGUUCCAACGGUAAGGAAUUUAAAUUUUGUGGACUAAUUUAAGCUUGAAGGGGAAGGUAUUAAACAUACACAUUACAGUCGAACCUUUCUAAUACGGACACCAAAGGGACAGAGCAAAGUGUCCGUAUUAGAGAGGUGUCCGUAUAAAAGAGGUCACUAUGAUGACGUCUCUUUUAUGACUCCACUUAUAGUUUUAAGUGUUUAGUAGCUAAAACCGGGCUUAUACUCGUCUUUAAAUUGCAUUUAAGUUUAUUAAUUCACCGUACAAAGACACUGUCUUUCAGUAACAUACAACAUUGUACAUAUCACCUACAUACCUACAGUCGCAGACAAAUCACUGUUUUAAGACAAAACGAGCAACAGCGCAAUGCUACAUGUAAAAAGUUGUAACGUAAAGCACAAUUCUGUAAGCGUCUUUUGCUAUUUUGGAAAUGCAGUAAAACUAGAGUACAAAAUGUAAUAGAAAAGAUCUUUAUGCCACAUAGUUAUUCAAGCCUUAAAAAAGUCGGCUGUGUUCCUCUGUACACUGUUUGCAAACUGAUUGUGUGGUAUACAGCGACUUGGCUUUUGAAGUCACCUUGCAUAGCUCAUCAGCCAGACUAGACGGGAUUUACCCUGUGCAGAUUCACCUUAUCGGGAUUCGGGAUUCACCUGAUCACCGUAGUGUCCGAGGUUAAGUUUAUAUGAAUUUACUCUCUGGGGCAGAUAUUUAGUGUCCGUUCCCCUUAUUAGAGAGAGUCCGUAUUAUAGAGGGUUUUUUUUAAAGAAAAUAUAUGAUAAUUUUGUCAGGACAUUGGAAACUGUCCGUAAUAUAGAGGUGUCCAUAUUAGAGAGUUGUCUGACUGAGCGGUUGGACUAAAUUUGAAUGGGUACCAUUUAAGAAUAAUGUGAAUGUUACCUUCGUGUGUUAUUUGUUGGAUUGGUUCGUAUUUUGUUCCUUACGAGAGUUUAUCCUACCUCCUGAACAACAUAUUUCUCCUUACCAUUUCUAAUUGUCCUGUUUUGCCAUGGUGUUUUUAACCGUACCACAUUUUCAAGUUUUGCAUAUUUUAGUCAGGCGCAGUUCAAACGUCAUACUUUUCAUGUGCCAAACCUAAUCCCUUCAAUUAAGUAAAUGAAGAGACCAUUGUUUGAAUCAAUUAAGUCCAACAUGUUUAAUUUGGGUCGUCCCAUGAAUUAAGAUCAAGUAGCCCACAUGGGAAUUUCGACUGUGGAGCAACUUCGUUUCAAACUCCAAACUUCUUAAGUGCCAAACCUAAUGGAUACUUUACCAUAUUUAUUCGGCUAUAAGAUGAGGAAUUUUUACACAAAUUAAAGCUAAAGUUAAGUGAAAUUUGAUUCCAAUAGGGGCUUUCAGCUUAUAACCAACAGUUUUGAAAAAAAAUCUUUUCCAGUUUAUUGAAACUCCACUAAACGGGGAUGUAUUCACUUAUGAGCCAAGCAAGUAGCAGCAAAAGAUCAAAUCAAUCACUUAACUACAAACCUGAAUGAUAAGUUAGCUAAGCACAGAUAAUCAGUUCCAAAUUGUCAAAAUAUCUAACAAAAACAGGUCUCGCAAUUAUACUCAUUGGUAAGCCUUUUACAACGAGGGAAGGUCUAAAACAAAUGAAAGAUGUCAAGAAAUGUGUAAACAAUCUGCCAUGUUUGGUCAAACACGUGCUUGGAAACAUUAGCCUGGUUAUUAAGCACGGACGAAGGCAACACGAACUGCUGUGCUUUGAUUUUAUUGAAACGCGGUUCUGUGACCAUUUGAAGCAUAAUGUGAUGAAGGCAAGAAGAAAGAUUGAUAGCAGUGAAAAACCCAAACAACAAUUGUUUAAAACUUCAAUCAUAUAAGCCGUUUAUGUCGUUUAGUCAACCUGUUAAGCAAACCGUUUGGAAAAUCAAGGCAAUCUGUUUGAACACUUUCCAAAGCCGUUAGAAAUUUUCGCCCAUCCGUUAGAAGCAAUAAUCAAACCAUUAAAAUGCUUUCUAAAGCCAUUGCUUGUUUAACGGAAAUGCGUUAAGUAAGUGUACAUUUUCUUGGAGAAGGUCACUUUUUUUUCCCGAAAAUGUUAGGUUUUACCGUAGUUAAAAGUCUUGCAAUGAAUAGGUUAUAGGUUACAGCAGUAAUAGUAAUAUUCUUGUAACAAAUAGGUUAUAGGUUAAAGCAGAGUAUUUUGGAUUUAUUUUUUUUCUUGGUUAUGUUGAUUCUUCGCAUUCAAAGUUUAGGGUCUCGGCGUAUAGCCUAGAUCAGCUUGUAGCCGAAUAACUAUGGUACUAGAAUUUAUUUUCUCUUGUAAGCAUUUUAGACCAUUGAGCAUCAUGAAAAUGAAUUGAUUUCGACGUCUGAAUCAACCAUCGAACUUGCAUCAUUUGGGUCUACCUAAAAAGUUAUUACGUUCAGUACAUGAAAAGAUCAAUGUUUGAAUUGGGCCUUAAUGUAUUUGGCGUGGGAUAUUGUACACUUUGGUUAGCAUGGAUAGCAUCCCCUACAGAGCAUGCAUGAUGCUAGUGGUAUAUGAUCUAUGACAUCAUUGUCUUAAAAAACCUCCAUUUUUGUCCGUCUACACGUAAAGUAUAAGCUGGCAUUUUCAAAAAUCUCCACUCUGGGGACUGUUUUUGUAAAUGUCCUUUACAAGGGGAUUGAAGGCUAAAGCAGAAAGAAAUAAUUUUCCUUAAAAAAUAUCCAUAAAUGUGUGGAUGAGGCCUUAGAAUCUCACAUUGUCUUAUUGUUACUUUGUGUUCUAGUGGUUGAAGUUGACAUCAGAUGAUGUUAAGGAACAAAUAUACAAGCUAGCCAAAAAAGGCUUGACCCCUUCUCAAAUAGGUUAGUAUAGAGCUGGGUUUGAAAAUAGCACCUGGAAAUUUGCCAAAUGCAAGUGUAAAUCUAUCAUCGGGCUUGUCACUAAGAUUUCAAGUUGCCGGGUAAAUACAACAAGUAGGCGGGGAAUCAAAUGGCUAGGGAUUUCUUUUGGUUCAAUUGUUGUUCUAUUUUCCAAUAAAAGUAGCAGGGGGCCACUCUCUUAGUAGCCGGGGAAAAUCCCCGGCCCCCGGCUCUUAAUGACAACCCUGUAUCAUCUUUUAUCAUAAGAGCACAUUACCUGAGUGACUUGCCUGAUGGCCAGGGUUUUGGAAAUGGUGAAUAAAGCAGACUUCUAGGGCCCAACACAACAGCUGGUAAAUGGACAAUGUCCAGCCAAAAUGUCGAUUUGACUGGGUAAAAAAUUUACUCAUCUGUCAUGUUGACCACUCAAAGCUCACAGUAGUCAGCAACUUAAAUCUUAACAAAGCAAUUUUUGACCCCGCUAGAUGUGGUAGAUGCUAUGUAGGAAACUUUACUCUGAGUCCUGGUUGGGCAGAUGUUACUUUGGCAGUCAACACAGUCAUCUUGUUAAGAACCAUCUUUGAGCUUCCAUUAAUAUUUAGCGAAUCAAGAUGACUAUCCUUUCAUUGAGCGACUGUUUGAAGGGUGUAGCUAUGACUAGAACAAGUAAAUGAUAGUUUGGAGAUUACGGGCUGUUAUUGGUGCGGCACAUCAGAGGUAAACCCCACAGAGGAAAAUGAAAUCCUCCUUCCUUGCUCAGUAUUUUUUAAAAAUAUUUUUGCUCAAAUAGGUGUGAUUUUGCGUGACUCACAUGGUGUUGCGCAAGUGCGCUACAUUACAGGAAACAAGAUCCUCAGAAUCCUAAAAGCAAAAGGUAAUUUUUAUAGAGUGUCCUGGAUACUUUUUUUCUUUCUCCUCGUUCUGGUGAUGAAAUUAUGAAAACUGAUUGUGCAACACUUUAUUUUUUUAUCAGGGCUUGCAGGAAGCCUUCCUGAAGAUCUUUACUUCCUGAUCAAAAAAGCAGUUGCUGUUCGUAAACAUCUUGAAAAGCAUAGGAAGGUGUGUGUUACAAUUAAUUUUGAUAUUAACCCAUUCGCCCCCGAACUGCCCGUGCAGAUGCACUGCCAUACCGAUGAAAAGCUUGUUCCACUAGGCCACAGAGAUUGAAGUGCACAACCUGCAAACAGCGUUUUGGUUUAAAAGCCAGACAGUGACCAGAAAACAGUUCGACUAGCUUCAAAACAUGUUUUUUGGCAAAGUUCUUGGGGGCAAGUGAGUUAAUGGACUUAGAUGAGAAUCUUUUUAACUUAUGACACAGGGCUGUCAUUAAGAGCUGGGGGCUGGGGACUUCCCCCGGCUACUAUGAGUGUGGCUCCUGGCUACUUUUAUUGGAAAAUGGAAGAAAACUAGAACCAAAAGAAACCCCCAAGUGAUUAAUUCCCUGCCUACUUGUUGUAUUUACCCAGCAACUCGAAAUCUUAGCGACAACCCUGUAUGACGUUGUUUCUUAUGAAGCAUGUUUUAAAAUUAUUGAAACUAUAUGUAUUUGCUGUUUAGGACAAGGAUUCCAAGUUCAGGCUUAUUCUCAUUGAAAGCAGGAUUCAUCGUUUGGCUCGUUACUACAAGACCAAGAGAGUUUUGCCUCCAAACUGGAAAUAGUAAGAACUACUCCUUGUUAUGGUGUAACAUAAGUUUCAGAAGAAUGCAAUCCUGGAGUGUCAAAAAUGCCUGUGAUUUUGCUGAAAUUCUCCAAAAUCCCAACGAAAUAGAAAAUGAACAGUUUGUUACAAAUUGUCAAAGUCAAUAAAACCGUAACUGCUGACACAUUGAAAUGUGAUUGUCAUACAGUUGGUGAUCAGGACACCUAAGCAAACCACAAAUUAAUAACUGUUACCAUUACCGUGCAGUUAUCUCGUGUGAUUGGCCUCUCUUAAAAUAACUUUCCAGUACUCCUAUUCUUAGGUUCAUGGUAAAGUUCCUUAAAUUGGGUGAUGGAAUAUACAUGUAUCUAUCCAAGUAUACUGUCUGCUUACUGAUGAAGAAAAAUCUUACAAUGUCAGGCUUGGAAAAAAAACUUCACUCCAGUUUUUUUCUUUAGACAAGCAGCUGUCUAAACAUGUUUGGUUUAAAAGCAAUUCUGUUGAAAGCCAAGAUUUCCUGAGCUCUUGCCUGUCUGGUGAGCAAGGGUGAAAGCUUCUUGUCCAGCUAGAAAUUCUACUUGUCCUAGAUGACAGAACAGGAUUAUUUUUAGCCCCGCAAAGUACAGGUUGUAGAUGUGUUGUUGUUAAGUGUGGGAAAAAUCUGUCCAAGUGCUUAAGGCUAGAAAAGUGCCAGAGAGAGUUUGUUUUCAGUUUGGCAUCACAAUAAUUCUUCCUUGUUGGGUUUGUUACAUUGGAUGAAAUAGGUCAGAUUGUGAGCGAUUUUUCUUGUCUGUUCAUUCUUUGAAAAUAAUUUACCCAAAUUCACCUCAUAUAGAACAACCACUUACAAGUACUAUAUUUUUCUCUUGUUUCAGUGAGUCAUCAACUGCCUCAGCUUUGGUUGCUUAA